AUGGAAGAAGAGGUCGUGACCGAGUUUUGGCGACGUAAUAUGGAGAUGGUGGAUCAAAUGGAGAAUCGUGUAUAUGUGCAGAUGGAACACGACGCACAAACGGCAUCAGAUCGCCAGUUUUUGUUCGUUUGUCAACUAGCUGGCACUAAAGCAAAUGAGUCUAGCAUUCGGCGUCACCCCAGCACUCUAUCUCGUGUUUCGGACGGCUAUGCAAUGGCUACUGAAGCAGAUAAACCGACACAAUUUCAAAUACGGAGUAAUAUACAACCGGUUAACGGGAUUUCGAUUCCUCGAGUUUCUGCUUUCUCAACUGAUGGUCAUCUUGGCAACUGGCCAAUACCAGGCGCUCGCCUUUAUUCAGCAUCCAUUCCACCAGUUGGGCAUGCUCCGACUCUAGCCCAGGCUAUCAGUCGAGCCUCCUCUGGCAGUAUGCACAUCGCAUCGCGAAAGAAGGAGCCAACGUCACGCUUCUUACCUGAUGGAAGAAAAACAGAGGAAUAUGCUGUUUUUUCACUACCUAACCAUCACAUCACUGUACCAUCACGUGAACCUCUCCCUCCAGUGAGCUGGGUUGGAAAUUCAGCCCAGAAUGAUGGUGGUUCAACGCGGAAACACGAUUUGGAUUCACUAUCGAUUAACUCGGCUAUCCGUCCUGUGAAGGAGCUAGGAAUUUCUGCACUUUCACAAAUGACCACAACACCUACAGGGUCGCUGUAUGACUCCUACGUUUCAUCUGGGGCGAAAAUAAUGCGUAUCGAAUCUGAGCAAAAUAUUAUAGCACCUGCUUCGCCGGUCCACGACAAACCUGUUGCAGAGCUCAAACCGCAAGAAGAAAGCCUCAGUACCCCGCACGCUGGGCUCUGCCGCCUCCGACGUUGGGCGGUACGACGACCGGCGAGAGGCUGCACAAUCUCGGGUUGCGUAGAACGUCAUGGACUCUGGACGAAGACGACACGAGAACACGACAUGGAGAUUGCCUCAGAAUUUGCACUUACAACGCGAGAACUGUCUCCAGUGAUGCCGACCUUCGUUGCCUGCUUGAUGCCGCGACCGCGGCGUCAAAAGUCCAUCUGUAUCAUCAGCUGCUAUUCACCACACAUGGGCGCUGAUGAUUCCGAAUUAGACGCAUUCUACGAUCAGCUGGAGGAAGUCAUCCGCACCGAGAAGCUUGAAAAACGAGCCUUGCACCGCCCGAAGACAAGAAGAUCGGUCGUGUACGAUGAGAACAUCUUGAACGAGUGCCUUUCCCAACACUUGUGGCGGAUCGAUGAGGACCCAACGAAGGAUUACGAAUUGCUACUCGAGGGACUUCAAGCCUGUGCUGAUGCGGCUUCUCUUACUCAGCGAAGGAGCUCCGAACGCAUCUCGACGUCAACGAGAGAACUCUUGAGUAAGCGAAGGAGCCUGCGACUUGAUCCGAAUGCAACCCACCUCGAGCGACUGAUUGCUGACACCAGUUGCAGAAAUAGCGCUGCAGGAGGACAUACGACAGUUCAGGCAAAGAAAAAUCCUCGAAGCUGCACAAGGAAGAUCAAGUAUAAAGAAGUGCAAGCGGGACCUCACCGAUCAUCGCGUACCACUUUCUGCUCUCCUGAGAGAGGACGGAACCCUCACUACUUCUAG